GGAAGGUACAGUUUCCCAUAUGGGUGAGUGUUCUGUGGUGCAGGUGCAGCUGGUGCAGCCUAUGGUUAUGGUGUAGCCAUUAAAAGGUGUUCCGGGGUGUAGGAACCAUAGCAACACCCCACCCGAUCCGGAUCAAUGUCAAUCUGUGGCUCAAUCCGGAUCGGUCCCGAUCGCGAUCAAGUGUACUGUACUACGUGCGACACCGAUACAAGUCUGUCGAUAUCGUUAUGUCUCGAGUUCCAGCGGUAACAGUAGGUAGUGCAGGGCGUGCGGGGUAGUGAUGCCGUGUGCAACUGCAAUGGACCCUGUGCCACCUGCUUCACCGACGAAGCGUAAGGCCAGCCUGCUCGGGAAAGUGGCGAUCGCAGUGACCGGCUGCAGCGCCGUGGGCAUCCUCGCAGUAGCCGCGCCAUUUUUAUCGCCUGCAUUUCGCAAAAUCUGCCUGCCGUACGUGCCGGCUACCGACGCUCAAGUGCGCAACGUAUCGUUGCUGCUGCAGCGCAGGCAGCGCACCUCCGCCCUGAUCGACCUGGGAAGUGGCGACGGCAGGAUCGUCCUCGAGGCCGCCAAGCUGGGCUUCGCACCCUGCGUCGGUGUGGAGCUGAAUCCUUGGCUUGUUGCGUACUCGAGGGCGCGAGCGCUCGGAAUAACGAGCGCGCGCUUUGUGCGAGCCAACCUGUGGGACUUUACCCUGACGCCGUUCGAUAACGUCGUCAUUUUCGGUGUUGAAGAGAUGAUGGCCCCGCUCGAGCAAAAACUUGUGCAUCAACUCAGGCCUGGAAGCUGGGUGCUGGCAUGCAGGUUUCCUUUGCCAACUCUCAAGCCGGACGAAGCUUACGGCACUGGUGUCGACACGGUGUGGCUUUACCGCAUGGCAACUGGUCGCCCCACUUUGCAGGACAUCGGAAUGCAUUCACCUUAAGUGUAACAAAGCCGAUCAGGGCCACCUACGGGCAUGGCUACGGGAUUGAGCAGGAGUUGCCUCAAUCUUAUGGUGCCCGGUCAAAGUCGGCAUGCAGCGCUCAUGUCCAAUCGAUGGGUUUUGAACAGUAUGAAUGCCUCCUUGUGCAUGCCAAGCUGAGCUCGCGUGAUUACUUUCUCUAGUAAUUUUAAUACAUGAUGUUUGCUUCUGUUUAGAGCUGUGCUGAAAAACUGGUUAUAUAUCCGAGAAGUGCAUUAAAACAAUUGCUGUUGU